AUGGACACUUCUGAGCGAUGGCAUCCUAUUGCACCAGCAUCAGACGAACCUGGAAAGCAACGACCGCCACCAGAUAGACGAAAACGAAGGCAAGCGAUUGCUGUGGCCUGUAUUCAAUGCCGAAUAGGAAAAGCCAAGUGCGAUGGCACCAGACCGCGUUGCAACCGCUGUAGGGACAAUGAAGUCGUCUGCCAGUACGAUGUGGCAGAAGGAGUGUCCAGAGCUGAACGGAUGAAGCUUCUGAAGAGGGACAGUAUGACCGGCAGGAUGGAGGAGCUCGAACGCAUCGUCAACUUCUUACGCUCGGGUUCCGAUUUGCAGGCUUCGACUGUUUUGGCAAGGCUGAGACUCGGCGAGCGAGUGGAAGAGGUUGCAAAGUCACUGCCAGCCGCUUCUUCUACUUCAGGUCAGAGCAAACCUCCUAGCUCACUCACCCAGGAAUCUGCCAGUACCCCUGGAAGUGCAAUCGGAUUUAGUCCCGACGCUGUGAAUACCUUCAAUGAGACCUCAGGUACUCGAUCAUUGCGGCAUGAUUCGAAUGCUUCAAUAACGUCGUCCUCGGGGCAUCGUCCGAGCUGGCAGACGAUUCAGAGCCACGCAUCACCGGCAUUCGGUUCCCCGGCAAAAGGAAAACAGACGGCCUCGGCAGACGACGGCGAAGACCAGCCUUUCCUAUCGAUUUUGUACGAUCGCGAUGAUAUACUCUUACCCAUAAGUGAGAGCGAGGACGAAAGUGAGGAUGAUGACGAUACCUAUCAGACAUAUGAUCCUCGCCUCGCUCCGCAGGCAGCGAACCUAGAAAUGGGCACUUUAUCGUUCGACUCGCCAGCAGAAUCUUCCAAGGGCCCCCGGCCCUCGUCACAUAAACAAAAUACCGUCCGAUCAAUCUAUGCGACUCAUCUUCUCAGUCGCCAGCCGAUCGUGAAUACGACCAGAGUACACCCGAACCUUGAUAUCCGUACCCUCCUUGCAAACGUACGACUUCCCAGUGGUGCACAAGAAAAUUACUCGCCUGAGCUCCAGAGCUUGCAGGCGGAUAACUUGGCCAUACCAACCUGGUCGAUGCUUCCAAUCAACACUAGGCCUGAUCCCGGCUCGUUGAGAUAUGCAUUCCCAACAAUUUUAGAAGAAGCUAGGAAUUUACUGAGCCAAGGAGUCGCUCUCGAUGUUAUCAUCGAAAUCCAUCCAAAUAUUGCGGCAUUGUAUGACGAGGAGGAGUUUAACCGAUCAGGCAUACUUUCUCAGUGGGCUGUUCGCAUGAUUGGCUUCGACCAACGUAUGCGAAGACCUCCUUACUCGAACGGCAGUCCUGCUGACCAUACUACCCAUAGUCCGAAUCAACUUCUCAUGCCCCACGUCAAUAUUGUUGACUUUGUUGUCUGGCCCGCAUUCCGCGAAUUAGUAGUUCAAAUACCGACAAUGCAGGAGCGCAUGGAAUGGCUCAUGGAUAUGUUCUUGACUUUGCAGUGCGAUUGGUCUUUUCCCAUGGAAGAAGCGUUGAUGAGACAUGAGGAAACUGGUCUUUGGGACCUGUGUCCCCUUGCGAAAGGAGCCAUGCGCGACCUCUCAAACUGGUCUGUUGCAGCGUCCUUCCGAGGUUAUAUAGGACCGACCAACCCAGGGCCGAUCCGCAUCAUCUACUAUGGUAGAACGUUCUCGGCUCAAGAUGCCGAAAAUCGAGCGUCGAUCUCUGCGCGACUUGUCAGGAAGUGA